AUGUUUGUCGCAACAGAUCCAUCUUCCUCCUUUACAGUUCCAAAGCGGAAGAUAUUAACCAAAGAAGAUUUACAGAGGUUUCAAGAGUCAUCCGCGUUUCAAGAGUAUUUUGCUUUCAUCGAAAGACUAAAUGAAUCAAUUAAAAGCUUAAAAUUGAGUACAGAUUGUGUUGUGUCGCAGGUGGUGCAAAACAUCAUUGAUGUGCUUGAUAUAGUGAAUUCAUAUUGUGAAGAGAUACCACCUGUGCGAAACGAAAAAAGUAGAUUUGGAAAUCCUGCUUUCAGGGAUUUCUAUGAUCGAGUUAAUAACACCGCUGCAGAAUUUCAUGAGAAUCUAUCAAUACCACCCGCCGCUAUACCAGAAAUAUCUCGAUAUUUUGUUGAAUCCUGGGGGAACCGGAAAAGAAUUGAUUAUGGAACAGGACAUGAAGCUAAUUUCAUUGCAUGGCUAUUAUGUCUAGAAAAAUUAGGAUUUAUUGGACCAGAUGAUUAUCGGUCUAUUGUGCUUCGAGUUUUUCACAAAUAUAUAGAGGUGAUGCGGACCCUACAAUUUCAAUAUUGGCUUGAGCCCGCAGGAUCUCACGGUGUCUGGGGAUUAGAUGACUAUCACUUUCUUCCUUUUUUAUUCGGCUCUUCUCAAUUGAUAGGCCACAAGUACAUUCGUCCAAAAUCAAUCCAUGAUAAAGACGUAGUUGAUGAAUACUCAAAAGAAUAUAUGUAUUUAGCUUGUAUCAAGUUUAUAAACUCGGUAAAGACGGCCUCGCUACAAUGGAAUUCACCAAUGAUCAAUGACAUUUCUGGUGUUAAGACGUGGAAUAAGAUAAAUGAAGGCAUGAUUAAAAUGUAUAAGGCAGAAGUACUUGGUAAGCUACCCAUCAUGCAGCACUUUAUGUUUGGGUCACUGAUCGAUUUCGAAGGCAGUCUGGUGAAUGAUGAAGACGAACAUGAUCAUGUACACGUACACGCCUUUGGACAAGAGUUUCCGGACUGCUGCGGGAUUAAAGUACCAAGUGCUAUCGGUGCUAGUCAAAUAUCUUCAAGAGAAGCAUCUGCAAAAAGAUUACCAUUUGAUUAA